AUGGAUGAUUAUGCUAAUUACAAUAAAGAGCCGUAUCAGAUGAAUACAAAUAUGUAUCAGAUGAAUAAUGGCGUGGUACCAAAUAGUCCGAGAGAUGAUUAUGAUCAACAGAGAAUAGACACAGACGAGCCAUUAUAUGAAAACUUAUUUAGUGUUGAGAAUGGGGAUAAAGAAUUCGAUAACUUCAAAGCUAAUAUAACUGAAAGAACAGGGGUGAAAGAAGAAGGAGGCACAAUGAAUUUUAACAUGCUUGAAGGUUUUAGGAGUUAUGAUAACAUGGAUUUAGACGAAUCGCCACCAUUUAACGUCAAUUUUGAUGCAUAUUAUGAUCCGCUAAUGGACCAGCAGGCAAUUACGAAUGAUUCCAAUGUAUUGUUCAAUUCGGAUAAUAUCCAGGAUAACGGAAACUUGCAGAAUGGUAUUGGAGUUUUACCUCCUAAGGAUGAGUUUGUCAACACAGCAUCCGCUCCUAGAGUACCAUCACAACAGAGUUUCAUGCCCCAUACAAAUUCCUUUGUUAGUAUGAAUAAUUUCAGAAAUAAUGUACCGGUUGAUGGAUUUUCGGAAGGCCUGGUUGAUAUGAAAGACUACAACUCCCAUAAAAACCUUAACCUUAACAAUCAUGCGUCAAAUAUGUCAGGAAAAAAUUCCAUAUCAAAUGCAAGUUUGAGUAUCAAUAAUACAAAUAGUUACUAUAAUGAAUUAUCACCGCUUACUACAACGACAUCAUUAACUCCGUCGGUAAGCUCUGUUCAUUCCACUCAACCAUCCUUCUUUUCAGCUCAUCAAUAUUUGACACGUAACUCAUUGGAUCAUCCUCCGUCUCAACAAAAUCGUCCGUCGAUUGAUUUUUACUCAAAAGCUAGAACUUCGUUUGACAGUCAACAAUCCUCUAUUAAUCAGCGACAGAGAACCCAAGUAGGUGGAAGAUAUACAAGCUUUACUAACUCAAUAAGUAACUAUAUCCCAUUCAUGGGCGACCGGAAUCAAAGAACAUCAAAUAAUUCUACGCCAUCGGAGUCUCUUUCUCCACCACGACCAUCUGCCUUUAUAAACGUUCCUCCACAACAAGCUCAGCAGCCUAGGCAUUUAAUAAGAAGCAUAUUUAAGAGUUCUGCUGUGCCAAGUAAUGCAAAUAAUAAUAGUAAUGAAGACAAUAUUGAAAAUUCAAAUGGACAAGACAUACUAAAUGGAGAGUUGAAUAAUCAAAAUACCCCUUCUAUCAAUAAUAAUGGUAAUAGUAAAAAUAUGGAUAAUAUUGAUGACGAUUCGGAGUUCCUAGAUAUGGAUCAUCUGCAACAGGAACCGGAGGAUGAUAUUAUUGAAUCUAAUAUAGCCACGAAAAAAGCAAGGAGAUCUAAGAGAAGCUUAUUUACUAGGUUCAAGACACCAGUUAAGAUGGAGCCUAUUGAAGGCAGUACCGAUCUUUUUAAAACUGAAGAAGCUAUAAGUAAUAAUAAGAAUAAUUUAAACAAGGAACUUGAUAACGAAAAUAUGGAAUCCGAUAUGGUGGGCAGUGCAUCCUUGCAUGGUUUAUCAAUAAAUGGGACACCAUCCUUGGAUUCUACUAAUGUUAUAAAUGGAGCCGCGUUAGAUCCGUCGACACUGAAUAAUUCUAAUAAUAAUAACCUAAAUGCAGCUCCAGGGAACUCGAUGUUGGAACCUGACUAUGGUGCUUUGUUUGAAAAAGUUGGAAAAAGGAAAAACAUAGUAAACCCAGCCACCUAUAUUAGAAACAAACCUAGAUAUAAAAACGAGCAAUCAGAAGUCAAUAGUUUGAAUGGAAGUAAUAAUACAUCAAAUUCAAAUACAGAAAAGUCUUCUAUUCUGAACUAUAAUUCAGGCGGAAGCUAUCCAGAAAACAUUGAUCCCCGUAACCUUAAUAGCAUAAAUUCAAAUGAUUCUUCCAUAAACAAUAGAAAUAUACAGGUUGAAGGAGGUGACAGCGAUUCUGAUCUUAGUACCUCAUUGGGUUCAAGUUCCAAUACCCCAUCGUCAUUAGCCACUGCAUCGAAACGCAUUCUUGGUUCAAAGUUAAUGCUGAAAAGAAAGAACUCACAGACGAACAUGAACACCGCACCACCGCCACCACCACCUACUACUACUACCAUAAUAUCAAAAGGAGUUGAAGUAGAAGUUGAUUUGCAGUCACUUGAUUUACCACCGACUACACAAAUCUUCCCAACUAAUAUUAUCAAUUCUAAAAAUAGGACUCGUGGUCGGAAGGAAAAUAAAGAAGCUGACUUAGUAGACCUGACUAAAAUUUACUUGUGUAAUUAUUGCUCCAGACGAUUCAAACGACAAGAACAUUUGAAGAGGCAUUUCAGAUCUUUGCAUACUUUUGAAAAGCCUUAUGAUUGUUCUAUUUGUCAUAAAAAAUUUAGCAGGUCGGACAAUCUUAAUCAGCACUUAAAGAUUCAUAAACAAGAAGAAGAGCUUGCACAACAAGGAUUGAAUACCCUGGAUAACAUCAAAACGGAAACACAUGAUUCCCUAUAA